GGCGUUUUAGCGCUGCGCUGCAUCGUGGAUUCAGCGGAUGAGCCAGAUUGCCUCGCACUUAGAGCAGACAUCAUGGGAAUUUGUCAGCACGCUGACAGCAAGAUUGGCGGCAAGUUCCACUCGCUCGCGACGACCAGCAAGAAGCAGCCCAGAGUGAAACGGGACACGUUCAGCGCAGGGGCCAGAGCUGUCGGCGACGCGGCCUCUAUGUGCACUGUGUUUGCCCGGCUUAUUCAGGAGAUGGAUAUGGAACCCAGUUCUUGCGCGACGCUGGCGGACGCGCAGAUCGGGGAG